GUUUUGUCUUGAUCGAAUCAUCGGCUCUCCUUGGGCUCUCCCUCACAGCACAGCACGAGGCAUCCGCUGGGCAGCCAGCGCCUCAUCGACCUGGCGCGGCCCUCCCAUGGCGUGGCCCUCCCAUCCUGCCUGCCUGCCUGUCUGUCUGUCUGUCUAUUUGACUGUCGGUCUCUGUCUGCACACGCAUGUCUCCCCAGGUAAAAUUCGACCAUUUCCGGCCACAACCGCUCACUUCACAACUAUCGGCAGGUAGUGUCAUACAGCUGUGCACAGGUCACCUUACUGCAAACCUUACUCGCUUCAACAACAGCAAGCACAUUGCCGCAGGCCAAACAAACAGGUCUGUACACAGGGUAAGUUGACCAAACUUCAUUCGUCUGUCGGUCGGUUGCAAGCCGGCACAGACCGUCCUUUAUUGUCAGGGACACCAACGACACAGCAGCUAGGCCCGCCAUCCACCCUCCCCUUGGCCAUCAUGAUUCUAUCUGAAGUCCUUCACCUCGACCGAAUCGCUCGUCACACUCACCAUACGGCUGUCAAUCUCUGACAACACCCAACACAUACACACAGACACCAGCAACAUAUCAUCGGGCGAUUCAUUGGCUGCCGUGUUGAGCUAAAGGCAUACCGCGAUACAGCGGCGCGAGUCGGUCUUCGUGGUCGUGGAAGCCGCCCUUGGGGCAGGUCCGCAGAUAGGCCAGGCCGUAGUCAGUGAGCAUGAAGUAACCAACCCGCCCAGCACCGCCGGCCAUCUGUGGCGCCACAACUAUGGCGAUUGACUCGGGAAGCAGCGCCUGCAGCCAGCGAGACCGGCAGCCAGCACAGCAUGUGUGAGUGUGUGUGUCAUGAGGGAGGGUGUGUGUGUGUGUGCGUGUGUGCGUGUGUGCCGUGUUGCAGUUGGUGACAUACCUGGUAUGCAAAGUGGUUGUGAAGGUCGAUGCUUGACAUGAAGCACGUCUGAGAGGGAAAGACAUCAGCACCGUCGAUGAAAAUGUCGACAAUAACAAUCUCACUCACCUGUGUCGGGUGGGUGUGUAUCCACCCCACGGUCAUCAGGCCCCGCUCCAUUUGCCACGCGAACAGCUCCUCCUCGUUCAGGGCCUCUGACACGACACGACCACAAACGAUACAUUACCAGCACACACGCGGGCGGAGAUACGAUUGCACAGGCGUGGUAUGUGUGCAUUAGGCCUGCCUCACCGCAGGUGUUAGCGGUGCCCUUCUGACGAGGGAACAGCAGAUGACUUAUUCGCACAACUGUAGAAAGCCAUACACACACGCGCGCAGCGGGACCAAUGACCCAUCCCGACCGACAGACAGACUCACACACCUCCCUGAAUGCCUCCCGCUUGCUGACCUUUUGGUGAUGUCGUGCCAUCCACAUGGCCUGAUAGGAUGGCACAUGUCUCGAUCUCCUGGCUCGUGUUGGGGUAGGCAAUCGCCACAAAGGUCUCAAUCAGGUCACUCGGCAUGACAACAGCCAAGUUCUGCUCGCCACCCACCGCCCAGUCACACCCAGCAGCAGGCGCCGUCGCCACCGGCUGCUCAUCGGCCCAAGGAGGGGCCGUGGGCAUCACCUGACUGCACACAACAUAUACAGACAGGCAAGUGCAUGGGGGAGAGAGAGAUAUCUCACCUCAUCAUGACGGAGGGCUGCGAUUGGUUGGCCGCUGCUGCGGUUGUCGGCUGGUUGGGCUGACCGGCGCCGAGCUGCGACAGGUGGCGCAGCUUGGAACUCGCGAAAGGGCUGCUGGCCGCCGUAGAACUGAUGGAUGGAUGGAUGAGACAAAAGAAGGCAGACAAACCCACAUCAAUCCAUGGUGCAUCAAAUCACGGCGUUCCACUCUGUUCGCUCACUCAUGCGAUGUAGGCGACUUCGCCGACGUUGCCAGCGCCACAUGGUCGUGCAUAUGGCGCCCCCGCAGUCUAUUCGGCUCCAGAUCGUCCCCAUCGAACGGCCCGGCACCCGCAACACCGAAUGUCCUUCUCUCAUCCGAAGCGCGGCCAGCACGGGGAGCCGCUCCAUUGGACAGAGUUGGCGGUGAGGGCGCGUCCUGGACGACGGACGGUGCGACGUCGGGGGUUUCUGUCAGCCGAAGUCCGAUCUUCUCCUUCAGAGCCUGCACACACAACACGUUCGACGGACAGACACUCUCAAGCGAGCAGGUCGUGUGUGUUGUUUUACCUCCAACUCGGUCAGGUACGCCUUGACCUUCUGCUCCUUGGCGAAGUUCUGACGAUGAAACGAUGAACAACACACAUACACACACCCAGGCCAGGGAGGGAAAGAAAUAGGCGGGGAGAGAUGCAGUCAUGCUGUGUGUGUCGCAUCGAUCGCAUGUCGGCCAGCAGGGCCUUGCCGCUGGUUAGCUUACGUCUUUUCUGUACUGUGGCGUGUUGUAGGCGUUGUGCUUUUUGAUGACAGAAGUGAAGAAGCGGCAAUACUUGUACAUGUCCAAGAACAAAGAAUCCAUCUCCUCAGCCCGGUUGCUCCGCGUGUCCUGAACACACACACGCGCCACCACCUCGUAGAAACGGCCGUCCUUCUGCAGAGUGUGUAUGAGUACUUACAUUGAUUUUGAGCUCCAGUCGGUCCAUUGUCUGGUGAAGCCGCGACAGGAGAAUGGUGUUGUUGGGACUGAAGGACAAGCAGACACGACGGACGAACAAACAAGCAAACAAACAAACAAGCGGGGGAGUCGUCACAGUAUGACGCGUUAUAUGCACUUGUGUGUGCCUUGUGUGCCAUCAUGUGCCACACUGACGUGAAUGUGUCGGCAUCGACGCUGUCUUUCAGUUUUCGAAUGUACUCAUCCAACGCUGGACGACCACUGCCCAUAAUCACGACGCAAUCACGAGAUGAAAAACCUUCAGUUUUCGCUUCUCCACGGGAAUGGUGUGGUGGGAAGCCCUUUUUCCCCGCAAGAAGUGAGUUGGGGUGCUUCCCCGCU